AAAAAGCUAAAUAUUACACCCUUUACUCUUCUCUCCCCCUUUUUUCUUCCUUUUCUUUCUCUAUUGUCUCUUUCAUCAUACUCUCUCCCUUACCACUUUGUCCCCCCACAUCUGUCCUCUUCUUCUUUCUCUCUCCUCCUUUGAAUCUCUUUAUAAGUAUCUCACUACGCUCUGUUUGGCUCACUCACACAUACCCACAAAAAAAAUUUAUCAUGGAUGAAUAUAGGUGGAAUUAUCAUGUACCAGCAUUUGGAAGUUGGGAUUAUGAAGAUGGAAAUCUUCCUUAUACACAGUGUUUUGAGAGUGCAAGACAAACUGGUUUUGGUCGUUUUGGUGGUUAUUCUGAAGCUGAUGUUGAACAUAGAGAUUUAUAUGUUGCUGGUGAUUUGUAUCAAAAUGAUAUUGUUACUCCUGCUGUUAUUCUUGUUCCUCGUCGAAGUAGGCAGAGAAAAGGAGAAUCAGGCUACUCAAAUGUCAAAGGAGUGAAAAAACAGCAACAAAUUAUGCAAAAGCAAGAUUGGGGAGGAUAUUCAUAUGACAUAAAGGAACCUCCAAGUCCAAUUCUCUCUCCUCCUAAAUCCAAGUCUAAGCCUGUUGAUGAAGACUUGUACAAAAUUCCUCCUGAAUACCUCCAUGUCAAACCUAAAAGGAAGAAGAGAUUAGGGCUUUUUUCAAGCUGUUUGCUGCCUGCUUGUGCUUAAUCUUUGGAGCUAGAGAUAAUGAUGGUUUAAUACUUUGAUUAGUUAGUAUAUUAGUGUUACAAGCCUAUGGAAUUAUUAGAAGAGAAAUUUUAAUAUUU